CUCCACUCAUUUACUGAGCCCAGCAUCGUACAACUCCACUAGUAGCAAGUAGCAACACUCUCACAGCUCGAGCCUAGAGCUAGUCCACCACCUGUCCACCUCUCGCAGCAAUGGACACGGGCAACGAGUAUAGCCUGACCCCGGCCUCCUCGUCGUCCUCGCAGGAGCUGGGGAUGCCGCUCUCGCCAACGUCGCCGACGCCGAAGCGCCCCGCCGGGCGCACCAAGUUCAAGGAGACCCGCCACCCGGUGUACCGCGGCGUGCGUCGCCGCGGCAGCAACGGGCGGUGGGUGUGCGAGGUUCGGGUGCCCAGCAGGCGCGGCGAGCGGCUCUGGCUCGGCACGCACGUCACCGCCGAGGCCGCCGCGCGAGCGCACGACGCCGCCAUGCUCGCGAUGCACGGCCCCUCCUCCGCCGCGUGCCUCAACUUCCCGGACUCCGCGUGGAUGCUCGACGUGCCGUCCAACCUCUCGGAUCUCGCCGAGGUCCGGCGCGCCGCCAUCGAGGCCGUCGUCAAGUUCCUGCGCCAGGAGGCCACGAAGACUGGCGGCGCGGCGGUGGCGGUCCCGGUCGACGGGGUCGCCUCCGCAGCGCUGGCCCCGUCGCCGUAUGCGGACAAUGCCGGCUCAUCGGCGACGUCCCAGCCUUCAGCAGCGUCUGAGGUGUCCGCCGCCCUCGGCAGCGACAUGCUCGAGCUCCACGUUUCCGGGGAAAUGGGCUUGGGCACCUACUACGCCGACCUUGCGGAGGGUUUGCUCCUCGAGCCGCCGCCUCCCGCUGCGACCUCGGAGCACGGAGGAGACGGCGGCGGACAUGAUGCCUCGCUAUGGAAAUGGAACCACUGAGACACCACCGACUAUCUCCGGCCAGCUCAACUAUUUAGUUUGCAUUAUUUCUUUAAUUUCAGCACAGUAUUAAUAAAGUUUAAGGAACACUUGAAGACAUCAAA